AUGAAUUCUUCAUCAAAACAUGAUUCGCAUCAUACGCUUAGUGGUGAAACCAAAUCUUAUCAGGGGAUAUUCAUUCCGUACACCGGAAGACCACAAGAAAUAACAGUAAAUUUAGAAUCCGGUGGUAUUCGGCAAAAAUUAAAUUGCGAAUAUUCUGACCACGUCACUCUUUGGGCCAAGGAUUAUAAACUUUGUUUAUUUUGUGAUGAUUAUGGUGCCAGUAAAAAUUUGCCAAAGAAUCCCAUGACCACUCGUUUAAUAUCCUGUCUCUCUGGAAUGGUAUAUGAUGAACCCAUACGUGGAAAUAUCGUAUUAUUAGACGAUGAGAAAGAAUUAACCAUCAAGGAUCUUAGUUUAUUAAUGAAAACAUCUAUUGGCGCUCCUUCUAUAAAAAAGGUCGUAAAUUGUUUAUUGGCAGAUUUCCGUCAGCUAGUUGAAUCAAGAAAGAAACCUCAUGAUUCCCGUAGAAAUACCGAAAUUUUCUCUCUCAAAUCUGUAUCAAAUCCUUGUAGAAUUCAAAUCGUAUGUCGUGAAGUAACCGGAAAAGAAGCAAUGUCCCAAUUUAAAAAAGAUUUUCAACGAGCAUGCUAUCUUGAAGAAGAUUCAGAAUUAGUAGAUAUAGAUGAUUGGGAUUUGAUAGUAGUUCAGGUUAAAAAUCUUCAUCGCAUCAAAUUAGAUUUGGAAAAAUCUUUAAUACAAAACAUAGAAGUUAUGAUUGAUGAGAAAGAAGCAGUUUUGCGGGAUGAAUCGAUUGUUAAUAACGAAGAUAGUCGCAGUGUUUUUUGUAAAUUAUUACUUGCAGCCAGAGAAGUCAAAGCCGCAGGGUAUCAAUUUGAAAAUGAAGAUAUCCAAGGUUUAACGACCAGUGUGGACGAAAUAAGAAAUCAAUUUUGGAAUGAUUAG